AUAACCACGCUCACUUCUUACGGCUUCUUCUAAGUUUUGUCAUAAUCUAUGCAAUGGCUAAACCAACUACUAUUAAAGAUGCUAUUAAAAAAUUCGAGGAUAAAUUCAAAGUAAACGCGGCUGACUCUAAAGAAGUUGCCCUUCAGUUCCAGUGGUUACCGAUAGAAAAGAUGGACAAUUCACUCGGCCAGUUAGUGAAGUGCGAAAAGCUGUCUUUGUCAACAAACAUGAUUGAAAAAAUUGCUGGCCUCGGAGGCUUGAGGAAUUUGAAAGUGCUAUCUCUAGGAAGGAAUUAUAUAAAAGCUUUUUCUGGACUGGAACCUGUUGGGGAGACCUUGGAAGAGUUGUGGAUAUCGUACAACUUGAUAGAGAAGAUGAAAGGUGUCGGUGUGUUGAGGAAGUUGAAGGUGCUGUAUAUGUCGAACAAUCUGGUCAAAGAUUGGGCAGAGUUUAACAAGCUGCAAGAGUGUCCAGCUUUGAUAGACUUGCUGUUUGUUGGCAACCCACUCUGUGACACUGGCGACGAGGGGACGUUCCGCGCAGAGGCCAUCAAAAGACUACCUAACCUUAAAAAACUUGACGGCGAACCGGUUAUAACUGAAAUUGUGUGAGUUUAAACGAAAGCUUAACAGUAGAGUACUGCACUAAUAUAUUUAUGAAUUGUUAAAAUAAUAGUGAGAUCUUAAAUAACGGAUCAAAUGUUUUUGUAGUGUUUCUGAAAUUAAAUAUCGUUGUGCACAUGAUACGAUACAUUUAGCUUUCCUACACUUGUUUUUUUUUAAUAGACGUAAAGAAUCAUAAUAUUGUUGAACAUUGUUUUCGUUU